GCUCAAAGAUUUGGAAAGAGACAGCUUAACAGAAAAGGAAUGCGUGAAGGAGAAGUUGAAUCUCUUGCAUGAAUUUCUGCAAACAGAGAUAAAGACUCAGUUAUGUGACUUGGAAACCAAAUUACAUAAAGAAGAAUUAUCAGAGGAGGGCUACCUGGCUAAAGUCAAAUCCCUUUUAAAUAAAGAUUUGUCCUUGGAGAACGGAGCUCAUGCUUUCGUUCGGGAAAGGAACGGGCAUCUAGAAAACGGGAGCCAGACAAGCGCAGACCGCCGGAUGGACACGGGAGAGGCAAGCAGCCCCCGCAAGCCCACUCCCAAAUCGCGCACGCCCCGAAGGAGCAAGUCCGACGGAGAGACUAAGUCCGAAGCUUCGCCCAGCCCCAGGGUGACGAGGAACACGGCCAAGCAGACCACCAUCACGUCUCAUUUUGCGAAGGGUCCUGCGAAGAGGAAACCCGAGGAGGAGCUGGAGCGAGCAAAGUCGGAUGAGUCGGUUGAUGAAGAAGAGAAAGACCAGAGCUGCUACACCUCUUCCCACAGAAGAAGCGGAAAGAAUAAAAGCAGGAACACACACCGAGAAGGAAGAAGAGCGAGAUGAAAAAGAAGAAAAGAGACUGAGGAGUCAAACCAAAGAAACAACACCCAAACAGAGACCCAAGGAGGAGCCCGACAGAGACGCGAGACCGGGGACGCACACUGGGAUGGACGAGGACGGAGACGAGAAAGAUGAAAAGCGACUCCGAAGUCAGCCCAAAGACCUAGCUGCCAAGCGGAGACCUGACGAAAAGGAACCCGAGAGAGGGCGGCCACCGGUUCCUGACGAAAGAGACGAGGACGAGAAGGAGGAGAAGAGACGCAAAACGACACUCAAAGAACCAGCUGAGAAAAAGAUGGCGCGUACCAAAACAGUGGUGAACUCCAAGACCCACCCGCCUAAGUGUAUCCAGUGCGGCCAGUACCUGGACGACCCCGACCUCAAGUACGAGCAGCACCCUCCCGACGCGGUGGACGAGCCACAGAUGCUGACCAACGAGAAACUGUCCAUCUUCGACGCCAACGAGUCUGGCUUCGAGAGUUACGAGGCCCUUCCCCAGCACAAGCUGACCUACUUCAGUGUGUACUGUAAGCACGGCCACCUGUGCCCGAUCGACACCGGCCUCAUCGAGAAGAACGUCGAGCUCUUCUUUUCCGGCUCAGCAAAACCCAUAUAUGACGACGACCCGUCUCUUGAAGGUGGCGUCAAUGGCAAAAAUCUCGGCCCCAUCAACGAGUGGUGGAUCACCGGCUUCGACGGAGGCGAGAAGGCUCUCAUUGGCUUCAGCACCUCCUUUGCCGAGUACAUCCUGAUGGACCCCAGCCCGGAGUACGCGCCGAUAUUUGGGCUGAUGCAAGAGAAAAUCUACAUCAGCAAGAUCGUGGUCGAGUUUCUGCAGAACAACCCCGACUCCACCUACGAAGACCUCAUCAACAAGAUCGAGACCACUGUUCCCCCUUCUGGACUCAACCUGAACCGAUUCACCGAGGACUCCCUCCUCCGACACGCCCAGUUCGUGGUGGAGCAAGUCGAGAGUUAUGACGAGGCGGGGGACAGUGAUGAGCAGCCCAUCUUCCUGACCCCCUGCAUGAGAGACCUGAUCAAGCUGGCCGGGGUCACCCUGGGACAGAGGCGAGCUGAGAGACGGCAGACCAUCAGGCAUUCCACCCGGGAGAAGGACAAGGGCCCCACGAAAGCCACCACCACCAAGCUGGUCUACCAGAUCUUUGACACCUUCUUCGCAGAGCAGAUCGAAAAGGACGACCGAGAAGACAAGGAGAACGCCUUCAAACGCCGGCGCUGUGGCGUCUGUGAGGUCUGUCAGCAGCCUGAGUGCGGCAAGUGCAAAGCCUGCAAGGACAUGGUGAAGUUUGGGGGCAGCGGGCGGAGCAAGCAGGCCUGCCAGGAGAGGAGGUGUCCCAACAUGGCCAUGAAGGAGGCCGAUGACGAUGAGGAAGUGGACGAUAACAUCCCAGAGAUGCCGUCACCCAAAAAAAUGCAUCAGGGGAAGAAAAAGAAGCAGAACAAGAACCGGAUCUCUUGGGUCGGCGAGGCCGUCAAGACGGACGGGAAGAAGAGUUACUAUAAGAAGGUGUGCAUCGACGCGGAGACCCUGGAGGUGGGCGACUGCGUCUCCGUCAUCCCCGACGACUCCUCGAAACCGCUGUACUUGGCCAGAGUCACGGCCCUGUGGGAGGACAGCAGCAACGGGCAGAUGUUCCACGCCCACUGGUUCUGCGCCGGGACGGACACGGUCCUCGGGGCCACGUCGGACCCGCUGGAGCUGUUCCUGGUGGACGAGUGCGAGGACAUGCAGCUGUCCUACAUCCACAGCAAAGUCACGGUCGUCUACAAAGCGCCCUCGGAGAGCUGGGCCCUGGAGGGGGGCCUGGACCCCGAGUCCAUGCUGGAGGGGGACGACGGGAAGACCUACUUCUACCAGCUGUGGUACGACCAAGACUACGCGCGGUUCGAGUCCCCGCCCCAGACCCAGCCCACGGAGGAGAACAAGUACAAGUUCUGCGCCAGCUGUGCCCGCCUGGCCGAGAUGAGGCAGAAGGAGAUCCCCAGGGUCCUGGAGCAGCUCGACGACCUGGACAGCCGCGUCCUCUACAGCUCGGCCACCAAGAACGGCACCCUGUACCGGGUGGGCGACGGCGUGUACCUGCCCCCCGAGGCCUUCGCCUUCAACAUCAAGCUGUCCAGCCCCGUGAAGCGCCCCCGGAAGGAGCCGGUGGAUGAAGAGCUGUACCCGGAGCACUACCGGAAGUACUCCGACUACAUUAAAGGCAGCAACCUGGACGCCCCCGAGCCCUACCGCAUCGGCCGCAUCAAGGAGAUCUUCUGCACCAAGAAGAGCAACGGCCGGCCCAACGAGACGGACAUCAAGAUCCGACUCAACAAGUUCUACAGGCCCGAGAACACGCACAAGUCCACCCCGGCGAGCUACCACGCGGACAUCAACCUGCUCUACUGGAGCGACGAGGAGGCCGUGGUGGACUUCAAGGCCGUGCAGGGCCGCUGCACCGUGGAGUACGGGGAGGACCUGCCCGAGUGUGUCCAGGACUACUCUGACGGUGGCCCCGACCGCUUCUACUUCCUUGAGGCCUAUAACGCCAAGACCAAAAGCUUCGAAGACCCUCCUAACCACGCCCGUAGCCCUGGGAACAAGGGGAAGGGGAAGGGAAAAGGAAAGGGCAAGGCGAAGUCUCAAACCUGCGAACCUAGCGAACGGGAGGCGGAGAUCAAGCUGCCCAAGCUGCGGACUCUGGAUGUGUUCUCCGGCUGCGGGGGGCUGUCGGAAGGGUUUCACCAGGCAGGCAUCUCCGAGACGCUGUGGGCCAUCGAGAUGUGGGACCCCGCGGCCCAGGCCUUCCGGCUGAACAACCCCGGCACCGCGGUGUUCACGGAGGACUGCAACGUGCUGCUGAAGCUGGUCAUGGCCGGCGAGACGGCCAACGCCCGCGGCCAGCGGCUGCCCCAGAAGGGCGACGUGGAGAUGCUGUGCGGUGGGCCGCCCUGCCAGGGCUUCAGCGGCAUGAACCGCUUCAACUCGCGGACCUACUCCAAGUUCAAGAACUCCCUGGUGGUCUCCUUCCUCAGCUACUGUGACUACUACCGGCCACGCUUCUUCCUCCUGGAGAACGUCCGGAACUUCGUCUCCUUCAAGCGCUCCAUGGUCCUGAAGCUCACCCUGCGCUGCCUGGUCCGCAUGGGCUACCAGUGCACCUUCGGCGUGCUGCAGGCCGGUCAGUACGGCGUGGCCCAGACCCGCAGGCGGGCCAUCAUCCUGGCCGCCGCCCCCGGAGAGAAGCUCCCCCUGUUCCCAGAGCCGCUGCACGUGUUCGCGCCCCGGGCCUGUCAGCUGAGCGUUGUGGUGGACGACAAGAAGUUUGUCAGCAAUAUUACCAGGUUGAGCUCGGGUCCCUUCCGAACCAUCACGGUGCGGGACACCAUGUCCGACCUCCCUGAGAUCCGGAACGGGGCCUCAGCCCUGGAGAUCUCCUACAACGGGGAGCCCCAGUCCUGGUUCCAGAGGCAGCUCCGGGGCUCCCAGUACCAGCCCAUCCUCAGGGACCACAUCUGCAAGGACAUGAGCGCGUUGGUGGCCGCCCGCAUGCGGCACAUCCCCCUGGCGCCCGGCUCGGACUGGCGCGACCUGCCCAACAUCGAGGUGCGGCUCUCCGACGGCACCAUGGCCCGGAAGCUGCGCUACACGCACCACGACCGCAAGAACGGCCGCAGCAGCUCGGGCGCGCUCCGCGGCGUCUGCUCCUGCGUGGAAGCCCCGAGCCCAUGGGCAAGCAGGGCCGCGUGCUGCACCCCGAGCAGCACCGCGUGGUGAGCGUGCGGGAGUGCGCCCGUUCCCAGGGCUUCCCCGACACCUACCGGCUCUUCGGCAACAUCCUGGACAAGCACCGGCAGGUGGGUAACGCCGUGCCGCCUCCCCUGGCUAAAGCCAUCGGCCUGGAGAUCAAGCUCUGCGUGGCCGCCAAAGCCCGCGAGAGUGCCUCAGCGAGAGUGAAGGAGGAGAAGGCUGCUGAGGACUAGGCCGCCCGGCCGCCGUCUCCGGCACCAGGAACCCCCACAUGCACUGACGUCGUUGUGUGUGACCCCGUCGCCAUCUGUCGGUCCCCGUGUGUCGUCCGUGGUGUCUGUGGCCCCGGCCGCCAUGAAGCUGUCCCGUGAGGUUUGCUUUUCGACGAGUGACUUAGUGACCACACCGUGCCGUGCUUUGCAUUCUGGGUUUUAAAGGUUUUUUAUUAUGCAUUAUAUUAAAUCUGCCACCGAGCGAGUGGAAAUUAAGACUUUAUGUAGUUUUUAUAUGUUGUAAUAUUUCUUCAAAUAAAUCUCUCCUAUAAAGCA